GCACGCCCGUUGCCAUGCCGACGGGGAAGCCGAGAGGUGGGCCUAUUCACGGCAAUGCAAACAGAGGCUCACCUGGCCGCCUACCAUCGGAAUUUUCUCGUCACUUCAGCUCGCGAUACGGCAGUGAUCCGCUCGUUAUUUCGGCUCGGUGUGUGUGCAGGAAGGUGUAGGCGGACGACAUGACGACUACCUGCGGGGCGUAUCACCUGGAAGCGCUGCGGAGGCAGCAGGUGCUCGACCGGAAGCAAGUGGCGCUGCAGCGGCUGGCACAGAAGGAGUUUGGGAUGUCCUGGGAUAACCCCUUCCACCCUGAUCUCCGGCCGGAUGUGCUGCUGCAGGACGGCCAACCCUGGUCGCCUGACAUGACAGAAAGUCCCAAGCCCUUCUCUCCUGACAUGGGGCAUCCCACAACAGCUGACAUGAUGCCACAGGGUGGUCCAAUGGAUGGACCUCCGAUGCUCGGCCCGUCAGGUGGCAGCUGUGACUCGCCCAACGAGUUAGUCCAACCAGACGGAGGCAUGUGUCAUACCGGAGAACCAAGAUUCAUUGACGUUCCAAAGAGUACACGGAACGGCAGUCGCCUUGGCACGCCGCCGUCGAGAGCUGGUAGCGGGAUGCCUGGUUGCGCCCGGUCUGGUUCCGCAGCACCCUUCAGCCCCAUCAUGGAUGAUGGAGAAGGAGGGAGAGCCGACUCUCAGAUGAGCAGAUCUAGCAGCGAGAUGAGCGAGCCAGUCGUUCCACCAAACCUGCAGCAGGCAGCCAGGGCCGCAGGAGCUGCAGCAGAGGACUUGGACAGCUUGUUUGGUGACCUGUCUGUGGAAAAGGCUGUCCGAUUUGCCUCACCUGCGGGAGGGAACACAGUUGAGUUUGGUGACUGUGGAGGUAUAAUGGAGAAACCAUGGAGUCCUAUGGCUGAGGAACAGGCCCGCAGUGCCGAGCAGGCCGCUAGACUGGAGCAGCAGAGGCGCGAACGGAUCGAGGCCAAGCAUCGCGCCCAGCAGGAACAUCUAGCUGCCCUGAGCGGGGGAGAAAAACGGAAAUCCCACAAGAAGGAUCGUCGUACGGAGCACCUGACCAGACAGGUCCUGUCGCUCACCCCCACCGACCAGAAACGGCUCUACGGCGUUCUGAAAGAAGAAAUGUCCAAAUCUGCACGGGCCAAAUCUCAUGGCCACAAAAACUACAGGACCCAGGAGCCAACCAAGGGAGUUCACCCCGCCGUCAUUCACGACCUGAAGAAAAAGGAAAAACUGCUGCGCGACAACAACCUCACCAUGGGGCACUGGUCCGACUAUGUUGACUAACUCUUAACCCAGUCCAGUGCAGCUUCAGCUUUGCUUACAACUGUGUGCCUGUUGCUGACUUUCCCUUUACCUCUCAAUCACUUGUGAUAACCAAAGAAAAAGUCCUACAUUUCCAGUAAUCAUAAAAGCUACUGAGGUGUACAUGUUAGAUAAGCUGAUUGAAGAUGUACAUGAUUGUUACAGACACAAAAAUAAAAUCUAUAUUCUAGAAUGAUGUAUCUGACAAAGCCAACUAUUCUAUCAACCCUGUGUUAGCUAUCCUGAAUCUGAUCAUCUUUAUACUAUUAUAAUAGUAUAUGACUGAUAUAAAGUGGAAAGAUCACAGUAAACAAAAGUGAAAUAUUAUUGUUUUCUUCUUGAAUAUUGGGUGUGGGAUAGAAACUCUUGUUGCCUAUAUGCUGCUAAUCUGUAUAUAUAUGUAGGAUGUGGUGUUCUCCAAUGAUUGUUCUUGGAAUUCACAUACAUAGUCUAGUGAGGGAGUAAAGAUUUAAGGGCUACAUAGUUUGUACAUACAUCAAUUUGAGGUUGGCCACUUAAUGUUGUAAACUGUCAUUUUGCAAUAAAAAUAAACUGUUUAGCUCAGAAGAUAGCCCAAGUCAAAAGGAAACUUUAUGAAUUAAAUUCUUCAUCUGUUUUUCAACAUUUAGUGGCUAGCCUCUAUGGCUAAGUUUUAAAGUUACGCUAGGUAAACAAGGUAUUGCUUAUGACUUGGCAAUAAACAUUUAUUUGUUACCAAGACCACAACAAUGCCUGUUAAGUAAGAUUAAGGAUAAGUAAAGUGAUGGCAUUCAUUGUGCCUUCAACUGACCAAGAAUCUAUGCACUUAAGGUCUUGUGUACAUGUACAUUUGUAGUAAAAUGUUACGUAGAAUAGGCUGCUGUUGUUCUUACCAUUUUCAGGAUGUCCAACACAUAUGUAGAAUGUGUGGUUAUGUACCAAUCUUCUUCUACUCUUCCUUCCUCACUGGUGGUUCAAUAAAAGUGUACCUGGUUGUGAUGGA